UCCGUUUUUUCCUUGUGUACCAAACAAAGAUGUUAAAACGUAGCUGAUAAGGGAGGAGUCAAUGAAAGUUUUUCUAAUAACAUUCAACCUAUCAGCCAGUGUUAAAAAUAGUGUCGUCUGGUCCGAUUGUAGCUUCUCGAAUCUCUGGACCAUAUUCUUUUAUAACAAAAAACAUGCAAACUGUACAAUGUUUGAAAGACGGCAUUUGGAGCUUGCCCAGCACGGUUCACAGUUUCCUUGGUAGGGAUGAUGCCGACAAGACUAAUGUAUCUUUCACAGACAAUUCCGAUAACGGCGAUAAAAAUAAUAACAACGCAGACAGUGAUGCGCCAAUAGUUACUGAUGAUAAUGACGAUAGUGGCAAUUGUGACAUCACUGAUAACGGUUCAUCAGCAGAUGGGAUUGAAGCGGAGGAAGCUACCGUGGGCACGGUUUCCGCCGACUCGCUAGCGUUCAAUGAUGACGUGCUCGCCUCCAGGUCUCACGCUAUCCCGUAUGUCCUCAUCAAGGAAAAUUGGCAGCUUGUACUGGAACAAGAUGCAACCAUUCCAGAAAUGAAAUCUGCUAUCAUAAAAUGCAAAGACCUAGUGUUACAGUGCAGAAAUGACACAGAAGAACGAAAAUGGCUGGUCCGCCACUUGAUAGAAUUGAGACAUCGACUAAGAGAAUUGCAGGAUGUGGACAACGAUCCUGAUGCUAUACCAUCGGGCAUGAAAGUCAUUCUUGGUCAUCAUUUCGUAGCACAGAAACACUAUCCCAAAUGCAAGGUAUACUGUGACCACUGUUCGGGUAUUAUUUGGAAUGUAGUACAGUCGUCAUACAGUUGUACCGACUGUUCCUUUGCGGUUCAUCACAAGUGCAUACGCAAUGUGAUAAGGAUUUGCGCUCACGUAAUAACAACCGAACAAAAUUUACCUAUUGAAUGUAUCUGUCCGGAAAUCGGACUUGCAUUCCAGAAAUACACAUGUGCAGAAUGUGGAUCUCAGCUGAGUUGCAAUGUUUCAACAGCAAUCAGUUUCUUGGGUCUAGAACUGAAGGCAGAAAAACUUCACACCGUCCAACCCAGACUGUGCGAUUACUCCGGUUUUUACUACUGUUCAACUUGCCACUGGAACGACACUAGUAUUAUCCCGGCCCGAGUAACAAACAACUGGGAUUUUGUCCCGCGUAAAGUUUGUCGGGCUUCACUCCAGCAAAUCCGGCUUCUGUGUGAGCGACCGGUUAUCAAUCUGGAGCAGAAUAACCCACGAUUGUUCGUUUUGGUCUCUAAGCUGUCCCUGGUGAAGAAGUACCGCCAGAAGCUUCUACAUAUGAAACGAUACCUGACGGUCUGUCGGAUUGCCGAAGAAUUAAAAUUGGUCAGGGAUUCUAUCGGCGUUAGAAGGCAUCUCAUGCAAACGGUCGACAUGUACAGCGUAAAUGAUUUGUUUGGAGUAGAGAAUGGGUCUCUACUCAAUUUUUUGUAUAAGGUAUACGGUAUAUUUGAAAGGCAUAUUCGAAGCUGUGUGAUCUGCUCGGGUAAAGCCUACAUCUGCGAAAUUUGCAACAAUGACGAAAUUAUUUUUCCCUUCGACGAUCAUGUCGUUUCUUGUGGGAAAUGUAACUCGGUUUUUCAUCGAACCUGUCAGUUUCGGAGGAACACGAAAUGCCAGAAAUGCGUGCGUCUCCAACUCCGUGAACAACAGAUGCGAAAUGAGAUUUUGGAUGCCGCCAACGGCAAUUAGGCCUGUGAUUUAACUCGAUUUUGUCAUUACAUAAUGCUUCGUCAGGCUUGCUUACCAGUGCCACAGUGUUCUGAAUGUGUCAUCAUCAGCUAUUUAAUUUUUUAGCUUAUUAGGAAACGAAAAAGUUUAUUUGUAUCAGACAUAAAUGAAACUAGC